CAGGACAGCAAUACAAAGGUGGGCGACAAGGAGGAGGAAUGGAAAGAGAAAUUUCUCACAAAGAUGAAGGGAAUGGAAGAUGAGGUUUCUAGGCUCACUUCUCAAAUCUCUUGUCUUCAGGCCAAGGCCCAGCAGCAGCAGAGGCAGCCUGGUCCUGUUGAACUUGCUGAAACUGCUGCUAAGGAGGAGAUAGAGAGGUACAGAGCUGAAAGGAACAUGUUCAGAGCCAAGUACACUGACUUGAAGCAGAAAUGUGCCAAGAUCCCCCCAUGUCCGCCAGAGACUGCUGAGCCCACUCCCAUCUCCUCCCUACCUCUUCAUCAACAUGUCCCCCCGCCCUCUCUCCCUGAACCUGCUCCAACACAACCUCCAUCCUCCUAUCCCCUCCCCUCUUCAUCUCAACCAUAUGGAUCGUCCAAUGACCUAUGCCAUCAGCAGUAAUACAUACGUGUGGUUCUCCGUAUACAGACAUGCUGGACAUUACUGUAAACUGUCUUAUUGGUGUGUGAUAUGACAUUG